AUGGACUCCAAACCACUCUCCAAAGAUUCCAUGCGGUCGACAUGGCGCACAGCCCCUCGCAGCGAAUGGAACAUCAGUCAUUAUUUGAUAGAUGCGCUCAACGCCCACCCCAUCGACCUAAACAAGGAGAUACCAGUGCACAGCAAAGAUGAAAAAGUGCCGUACAUGCCCCAGUGGUAUCUCCAGCGCUGGGUUCUCUUCUACUCCGCCCUCCCCCUCCUCAUCCAUGAGACCUACAUGGCAUUCACCGGCCGUACCAUAGGCCCAAUCACGGCCUUCAACUUCUACUUCUUCGCCUUCAACGUGACAGUGAUCUACCAAGUGCACAUCCUCCGGCGUCUCGGUCAUAAACAUGGCUUUCUAGACGGCGACAAGCAUGAGCGCGACGGCGUUCCUGAUAUCGGCGUGGCCAAAGUAGUAGCCUCCCUAUACAAAACCACCGGGUCUCGACUGAUCCUCUCGAUUAUCUUCUCCUAUAGCCAAACCCAAAAGCCCUCGCAGAUGUCCUGGGUCUGGCUCCCUCUCGAAAUCGGACUAUACGGCAUUGUCCUCGACUUCUGGUUCUACUGGUACCAUCGACUGAUGCACGACGUGAGCUAUCUAUGGAAAUACCACCGAACCCACCACCUGACCAAACAUCCGAAUCCACUCCUCGCCGCAUACGCAGACCACGAGCAGGAAUUCUUCGAUAUGGUCGGCGUACCGGUGAUGACGUACUUCAGUUUGAAACUACUUGGUUUACCGAUGGGAUUUUAUGAGUGGUGGAUUUGCCAUGAAUAUGUUGUGUUUGCGGAAGUGUUUGGCCAUAGUGGACUGCGGAUACAUUCGACAGUGCCCUCGACGCUGAGCUGGUUGUUGUCGAUGUUUGAUGCGGAGAUUGUUAUUGAGGACCAUGAUUUGCAUCAUCGGAAGGGCUGGCGGAAGAGUUAUAACUAUGGUAAACAGACGAGGCUGUGGGAUCGGAUUUUUGGGACUUGUAUGGAGCGUAUUGAGUCUAUAGAGGGGAAUGUGGAUUAUGAAAAUACGGCUAAGUUGCCUUUGUUCUAG